CCGUCUCGCCCCUGGUCAAGUCCGUACCAUGAGUUCGUGCGUCGAGAUCGAGGCUGUAGCUGCAGCUGUUGCGGAUAUUGCCAGAGAAAUGCCAGGUUUGCCAAUAGCCGGGGCACUUGGCGCUGCCCGCAUCCUCUUUGGCUACAUGCGACACGUCACCCACAACCGGCGCUCCUGGACGUUUUUCGCUCGCCGUGCGCUUGUGCUUCUCAAAGCGCUUUCGCAGCAGAAUCCGCAGCACUUGGAGGAUGCCCAAGUCGACGACGGCUAUGCCGCCCUGUACUCUAACAUCGAAAUAUUCCUCACGCUUGAGACCAGCAAGACCGGUUCUUUGAUCGAGCUGUGUUACAUCCGCGAGCGCAUCCAUCGAUUUUGCAUGGACCAAGAGCGACUAUGGGAGUGCUUCUCCUCCACUCAAGACAUCAGUGUACCGAAGCCCAAUGGCUUCAACAUUGAUGCCUUUCAGCUGUGUCUCUCGAACGAUGAAAAAGUGGCACGAAACCAGCCAGGUACAGAGCCUGACAAAGUCGACCUCGAUAACAGAGUCAGCCACCGGCUUUCGGUCUCGACGACAAAGCGACCGGCUUCGGAUCCUGGUAUGAGUGAAGAUGCCCUCCCCGCGGCCAAAAAACGGUCUGUCGUCCGUACCGCGACAGAGAACUACACUCACGAGGCCACACUCGAGUCUUCAACCAGUCCUGAGCCAGAACCAGAGACUCAGCAGGCACAAGAAUAUGGACAACGGCCCGACGCUGCGUCAGAGCCAGUGGAAGUUCAGAUUAUCACAACUGUAUCUGCACCGGAAGCGAUAUUGGAAUCACAAGCAGAUAUCGAACAGUCAAAACCAGAAGGAAUGAAACGAACAGAAUCACCAAGGUCAGUCCCAGAGCAAGAGAAUGUCUCAAUGACAAUCCACCGCUCUGCGAACCCUCGCCGUGAGGGAAUUUCCAGUAUUCGGCCAUUGGAAAUGCAGCGGGAGGAUUCCGAAGCUACUGAAACGGUAGCGGCUGCUGAAGCUGUGCCAGAGCCGCCAUGGCCACAAGUAACGACCGCUCAAGCUGAUGAACUCGACCACCUGAUGAUCCAACCGAUACACAAGCCUUUCCCGAUGCAUAUCCAACAAGAUGGCUCAAUCGACACCGAAUGUCGGCCCUCUGAUCCUUCAUCCGACGAUCCGACUUGCGAGCCUCGUGCUGAGAACCAUCAGCCAACAAAUCACCUUGCGACUGCCGGCGCAGCAACCCCUCCAGAAUCAAUGUCUUCUGCCGAGAUCGUCGCGACACCAGAGAUCCAGACGGACCAAGUGCCAACCAUGUUGUCCGAGGAAAGAUCUUCGAAAUUGACAUCGUGUCGACGUUCCCGAGAUUCCGUUUCGUCAGCCUCACCCCCUCAAGGUCGGUCAACACGAUUUCGCGGAGUGAAGGAGAUUGCCAAAGUGAAAGCGGAAAGCCCCGCUUCAUCCCUUGAAGAUCUCACAAGCGGUGACUUUGAUCGGUACAUGGACGCUGUCGAGAACUUGAUUCUAAGCCUUCCACACACUCAUCCAGCGUGGGUGCAAGGCGCACAAGUCUUCCAGGAUCAAGCCGCAGCCGGAUCGCAUAUGGCACUCUUUUUCCUUGGGUGGAUACAAUUCCUUGGUCUCGGCGUCCCCAAGAGCGACGCCAGCGCUUUUGAAACAUGGAAGAAACUUCUCCGUGACGAGCCUCUGGUGGAAACCGCGUCUCCACAUGCUGCUCCAAGCUCGGAAAAAGAUCUGUCGCCCCUGAAGAAACUUGUUAUUCUAUUGAUAAAAUGGGGCGCAGUGGGCGAUCGGUGCACAGACAGCCCCAAGAUCAAGCUCGCUGAAUAUGGAGAUCCGCAAGGCACACGGACUCGAGCCUUCAAGUAUCUUUACUAUUGGGCGAUUGCAGGAUCAGACAGCGACUGGUUCUGCGAGCUUCUGAUUGCCAUUUGCUAUUCAUAUGGCUUGGGAACCCCAAGAAACAAACCGGAAUUUCGCAAGGUGUGGGCCGACUUUGAAAAGAUCAAGGACAUGAAUGCGCAGUACGUCAUCGGUUAUUGUUACGAGCACGGAACCUUUGUUGAAGUUGAUCACACCAAAGCAGCUAGACACUAUGACAUCGCAAGUCAACAGCUGAAUCUCAAGGCCCAGUACAGAUCGGGACUCUGCCAUCUGGCGAGAAAGGACAUCAAGCAAAAUUAUGACACUGCGUUCAAACUGAUAUCAAAGGCUGCCAAGAGAGGGCUCCCGUGUGCCAUGAACAAGCUCGGAGAGCUCUACGAGGCCAGAAAAAAUGUGAAAAAUCAUAUGACCCGUGCCGCCAAAUACUACAAAAAAGCUGCCGAGGCCGGUGAUGCACGCGGACAGUAUCAGCUCGGAAGAUGCUACUCGACGGGAAGCGGCUUAAAGCGGUGCCCCAAGAGCGCUUUAGAGUGGUAUCGCCGAGCGGCUGCGGCAGGGUAUCCGGAGGCCCAGGUUGCUCUUGGACAAAUUCAUUCGACGGCCAAGGCACUUCCAAUUUGACGACGUGAGAUCACGAGACGUUCCUUGUUCUGGUUAUCGUGAUAGAUGUAACAUGCCGCUCCGAUAUUCCGUGAAAUGCAACUACAUGCGACACAAUUCGAGUUGCUGGCAGGCUCUCACCAAUUGAACCGAUCAGCGAUGGCCCUUACCAAUGGCCACCAAAUAUAUGUAAUUUUUGUUGUAACAAA